GACGCGGACGCGCGGCAGUACGGCGCCGGCCCAGACCUGCUGCACGCCCUGCAGCAGCGCCGCGAACCGAUCUCGGGCAAGAUCCGCCGCGCCAUCAAAAACGUCGUCUCGCGCGACGAGCUGGCGCGUCACAACCGUAUGCGCUCGCUGCAGCAUCUGCUGGCCGACUGGCCGUCCGUGUGGGGGUCGUCCGAGGAGCCGCCCAGCGCCGAAGCUUAUCGUGGCGGUGGCGACGUUUGGGGGCAGGGGCCCGCGGCGGGCGGUGGUCCGGGCCAGCUGCCGCCGAGGACGUUUGAUCCCGGCGACGUCAUUUCCGACUCGGUGUAUGUCAGUCUUGAAGGGCUGGUGUACAACGUCACGGACAUGAUGCGGUACGGCGACGACGACAUGCAGAACGAUCUCACCCACUUCGCCGGCGCCGAGAUAGACCGCCGACUAGCCCACCAGCUCGAGGUGAAAGACAAGUGUCCGAUCGUGGGCCGUCUCGGGCCCGAGCCAAGGUACUCGAGCCAGGAGGAAAAGCGUAGCGAAGACGAGAAGCAUGGCUGGCCGAAGAAGCAGUCUCGAAGACGCGAGGAUAUCAACUACCGACGGCUCAAGCGUGAUAAUAAGAGGCGGCGGAUGGCGCGUCAUAACACGCUAAAGAUCGGUAGCGGCUCGUGCGGUACCGUGAGGAGGAUCAAUGUGCGCCUCGAGCUGGAGAGGGAGUAUAGGGAAGAACUGGACGACGAGGCGCAGGGCAUGGCUGGGUUGUCUGGGGAGGAGCCUACGGAUGAGUCUGGGGAUGUGAUAGUUGUUCAAGGGUGUCAUGGCGGUGAUUGAUAACUACAUAGUUGGAUAUCUGUAGCUUCCGUGCACCCUCUUCGGUCAGAAAAUAGCCAA